AUGUCCCCAACAUAUGGACAAAAUAUCACUGAAAGUGGCGUGGAUCAGUUGGGAACCUCUGCUCGAACAGAAGUAAGUACAAAAACAACAUCUUAUAAUACAAUUGGACCAUAUAAUGAUACAUUAACUAGACGUACAAAUUCAUUUUUUCAAAUAAAUAUACGAUUAAAUGAUGCUGAUGCUUAUUUAUUUAAUGAAACUGCUACUGAUUUUUCUAUUACAGUUUCUCAUCCAACUCGUAUUAAUGAUAAUGUUACAAUAAAUAUUGAUAGAAUUGGAUAUGGACAAAGAUGUAUUGUAGUAUCGAAUAGCACUACUAAUGUUACAAUAGUUUUACCGUCAUCAUAUCAACUUUUGGGUGCACUUGUAACAGUUACACGCAACAAGAAACAAAUACGAUGUCGUCAUAAAUAA